GAAAUGGAGGCUUGCUUUCAAGCUAAUUCCCUGAUGUUUGCUAUGUGUGAUUUGGCUCUAUCUCUGUAACUACUAAUAUGUGGCAUGGAUUUCAAGCUGUCUGGGAUCAGGAUGUGCCCAAACUCUGUAUUGCAAGUCAGGAUUCAAAGGCAUUAUGUUACAAAACUGGCUUGCUGCCGUCUCUGUUUCUGUGUUCUGAGUAGCUGCAUUGUUUGUUGCAGUAUAUGCAUUAGCUCUUGUCUGUGUUCAGUUUCCUGCAGGCUGACAAAGUGGGAGGGGCUUCGCUUGAUACAUAGCUGAGUUUUGACUGUGUGAGUUCUUGAGUGCACAUUGCAGCCAUCUUAAUUACACUUUAGUGCAACUGAGACAGUGCAGCUGUCUCAAAAUGGCUGCUAAUCUAGUCUUUGUAGCUGCUUAGGCAGCCACUAUGCCACUGAGGAGACUUGUCACAUGCAUCAAGACCAAAGAUUCAAAAUGGAUGGUAUAGAAGAACCACAGAAAAAAGUCUUUAAGGCUCGAAAAACAAUGAGAGUGAGUGACCGUCAACAACUUGAAGCAGUGUACAAGGUCAAAGAAGAACUGUUGAAAACUGAUGUCAAGCUGUUAAAUGGCAACCAUGAAAAUGGUGAUUUGGACCCAACCUCACCUUUGGAAAAUAUGGAUUAUAUUAAUGACAAGGAAGAGGUGAAUGGCAUUGAAGAAGAGCUUUGUUUUGACUCUGAAAAAAGUAAAUCAGAGUGGAAAGAAACACCCUGUACCUUAAAUGUUAAUGUAAAAAACAAGCAGGAUGAUGAUUUGAAAUGUGAACCUUUGUUUCCUAAUAAUAUAACUCCUGAACUAGUUUCUAAACUGACUGCUGAACCGUCUUCUGGUGAUAUAGCCUCCAGCGAUCUGGCUGUUGGAGGUACAGGCUCUGGAGAUUCUGCCUCUGGAGAUCUGGCCUCUGAAGGGUUAACCUCUGGUGAUCUCACUUCUGUGGAUCCCACCUCUGUUGAUCCCGCCUCUGUUGAUCCUGCCUCUGGUGAUGCUGUCUCUGGUAAUCUUGCCUGUAGUGAACUGAUCUCCGGUGAAAUGGUCACCACUGAACUGGUCUCCAGUGAGACAGUCUCUGGUGAACUGGUCUCCAGUGACUCACUCCCUGGUGUACCAGUCCCUGGUGAAUCAGUCUCCACUGAACGGGUCUCCAUUGAUUCAGCCUCUGAUGAGCCAGCUUCUGGUGAUCUGGCCUCUGGAUCACUGGCCUCUGAUGAACCAGCCUCUGGCGAUCUGGCUUCUGGUGAUCCAGCUCCUGGUGAUUCAGAUUCUGUUGACCCAGCCUCUGAUGAACCAACUUCUGAUGAACCAUCUUCUGAAUCAGGCAUUGAUCCCACCUUUGAACCAAGUUCUGUGCCAGUUUGUGAACCAGUUCCUGAAACUGACAGUGCAGAGCCCUGUAGCAAUAAAAAUGAUGAUUUUCUUGAGAAAAAAGGGGAUGAUGAAAAGUUAGAUCAAAUUUUCUCAUUUGAUGAGAAAAAUAAAGCUGAUAGUAAUAUUGACGCUGAUGAAGAGGCUCUAGAAACAGAUGAUACAAUUAUUUCUUCAGAUCUGUCUCCUGAAAAGAAGGUAGAAGAAGAUGCUAUUACAGAAUCUGCUCUUGGAGAGGAGGCUAUAUCUAGCAGUAUGGAAAUUGACCAAAGUGAAAAGAAUCAAGAAGAAGAUUCUGCAGACCUUGCAGAAACGAUUAGUGAAAAUGUUAUGAAAGAUGACAAAAAUGAGAAUAUCUUAGAAAAUGCAGAUUCUAUGGAGACAGAUGAAAUUAUUCCUAUUUUGGAAAAGCUUGCACCUGCUGAAGAUGAACUUACUUGCUUUUCUAAAGCUUCUCUCCUUCCAAUUGAUGAGACAAAUACAGAUUUGGAAGAGAAGAUGGAAGGUUCUUUUGGUUCACCAUCUAAACAAGACAGUAGUGAGAGUUUACCAAAAGAAGCCUUUUUGGUCCUCUCUGAUGAAGAGGAUAUUUCGGGUGAAAAAGAUGAGUCUGAAGUUAUAUCACAAAAUGAGACAUGCUCUCCAGAGGAAGUAGAAAGUACUGAAAAGGACAGCAAACCUGAGGAAGAAGAGCAAGUAAUACAUGAGGAUGAAAGACCUUCUGAGAAAAGUGAAUUUUUUAGAAGAAAACGUUCUAAAUCAGAGGACAUGGACAAUGUCCAGUCCAAACGCCGUCGAUACAUGGAAGAAGAAUAUGAGGCAGAAUUUCAAGUAAAGAUUACAGCCAAAGGAGAUAUAAACCAGAAGCUACAAAAGGUUGUACAGUGGUUACUGGAAGAAAAAUUGUGUGCACUGCAGUGUGCCGUGUUUGAUAAGACAUUGGCAGAAUUGAAAACACGAGUGGAAAAGAUUGAGUGUAACAAGAGGCAUAAAACAGUUCUUACUGAACUACAGGCCAAGAUAGCCAGGUUAACCAAACGCUUUGGAGCAGCCAAAGAAGAUCUUAAAAAAAGACAAGAAAAUCCACCAAACCCACCUAUAUCACCAGGAAAGUCUGUUGUUGAUGUCAGCAGCAAUAACAGUGUGCCCUACAGAAAUGCAGGCACAGUGAGACAGAUGCUGGAAUCCAAAAGAAAUAUAAGUGAGAGUGUACCACCAACUUUUCAGACUCCUGUGAAUACAGUAUCUUCAACCAAUCUUGUCACCCCUCCAGCAGUUGUCAGUAGUCAACCUAAAUUGCAGACUCCAGUGACUUCGGGUUCUUUGACAGCAACAUCAGUUCUCCCUGCACCCAACACAGCUACAGUAGUUGCUUCUACUCAGGUGCCUAGUGGAAAUCCCCAGCCUACAAUCUCUUUGCAGUCUUUACCAGUGAUUUUGCAUGUACCUGUUGCUGUAUCCUCCCAGCCUCAGCUUCUGCAGAGCCAUCCAGGGACUUUAGUGACCAAUCAACCAUCUGGCAACGUUGAAUUCAUUUCUGUACAAAGCCCACCUGCAGUGAGUGGUCUUACCAAAAAUCCAGUAUCCUUGCCAUCCUUGCCAAACCCCACUAAACCAAACAACGUUCCUUCUGUGCCCAGUCCUAGUAUUCAGAGGAACUCUCCUGCCAGUGCUGCAACGUUAGGAACAACACUUGCUGUACAGGCUGUUCCAACAGCACACUCUAUUGUACAAGCCACAAGGACUUCUUUACCCACAGUGGGCCCGUCAGGACUCUAUAGUCCAUCAAAUAAUCGAGGUCCUAUACAGAUGAAAAUUCCAAUUUCUGCUUUUAGUACUUCAUCUCCUGUAGAACAGAGCAACAGCAACACCACAAGAACUGAAAACCAGACAAACAAAACAAUAGAUGCUUCUGUUAAUAAGAAAGCAGCUGAUAGCACAUCACAGAGUGGAAAAGCCACAGGCAGUGAUUCAAGUGGUGUCAUUGAUCUCACAAUGGAUGAUGAAGAGAAUGGAGCUUCACAAGACCUUAAAAAGGUAAAUCACACUCCUGCCUCAACCAUGAAUUCUUCUCAGCCUGUAUCUCGACCAUUGCAACCCAUCCAGCCAGCACCACCUCUUCAGCCAUCUGGGGUGCCAACAAGUGGUCCAUCUCAGACAACCAUACACUUACUACCUACAGCUCCAACCACCGUGAAUGUAACACAUCGUCCAGUAACUCAGGUGACCACGAGACUCCCUGUUCCAAGAGCUCCUGCAAAUCACCAAGUGGUUUAUACAACUCUCCCUGCACCACCAGCUCAGGCUCCCCUGAGAGGAACUGUUAUGCAGGCUCCUGCUGUUCGGCAGGUCAAUCCCCAAAAUAGUGUUACAGUUCGAGUGCCUCAAGCAACUACAUAUGUUGUAAACAAUGGAUUAACCCUGGGAUCCACAGGACCUCAGCUCACAGUGCAUCACCGACCACCACAAGUGCAUACUGAGCCCCCACGCCCUGUGCACCCAGCACCCUUACCAGAAGCCCCACAACCACAGCGUCUGCCCCCAGAAGCUGCCAGCACAUCUCUGCCUCAGAAGCCACACUUGAAGUUAGCACGAGUUCAGAGUCAAAAUGGCAUUGUGCUGUCAUGGAGUGUCCUUGAGGUAGAUAGAAGCUGCGCCACUGUUGACAGCUACCAUCUUUAUGCUUACCACGAAGAACCCAGUGCCACUGUGCCCUCACAGUGGAAGAAGAUUGGAGAAGUCAAGGCACUUCCCUUGCCCAUGGCAUGCACUCUCACCCAGUUUGUAUCUGGCAGCAAAUACUACUUUGCAGUACGAGCCAAGGAUAUUUAUGGACGUUUUGGACCUUUCUGUGAUCCUCAGUCAACGGAUGUGAUCUCUUCUUCCCAGAGCAGUUAAACCUUGGAGCCUUUAUCUCUUCUUCUUUCAAAAGUUCCACUUUUUGGUCUUGUUUUAAUCUUGUGCAUGAUACCCAUUGUAAAAUCCACAUUGUGCAAGAUUUCUUGGACAGAUGUAUAUAUACACUACAUUUGUUUGUAAUCAGAAGUAAAUAAACUCAGCCCAUAAAGCAGAAUCUUUUCCUGAACAAUUCAAGCUUCCAGAGUUUGAAAUGUAAAUGUGCACCUUGCUUUAGUUUUGAAGCUGGGGAAUAUGUGUGGGUGUUUGUGCUUUUCCGUAUUUAUGUGUUUUUUUUGCAGUGGAAUCUCACAUUUUCAUACUCAAAUUUACCUCUCUUCCAGUAUGAAGGAAGUAGAACAAAGGACUUGAGGUAUGUAUCUGGCAUGAUUCUGCUUCUAAGAGAUCUGUAGGUUCACAGAUAAAUGAUUGAACCCAAAUUAAAAAUAAAAAGCAAGAUGGUUAAAUAGUUUAAAAUAGGCUAAUUUGAACACAGUAAAGGAUCUAUUCAUAUUUUCUUUUCUCUCUUCUGUGUUGUUAAUUAGCUGAAAAAGGUCUGCAGUGGGCCCUCUCUUUUCUAAUCUGGUUUUUACAUUUAUUUUGUGCCUUAAACACUUAACUAUGAAAGUAAACAGGGCCAUUUGUCCAUUGUCGUUUACUCUUCCCUGUAAGCCUUUCAGUCUUCAUUUCUUUUUUAUCUCCACCAAAUGUAGCACAUUUCCCUCAAUUUUAGACCAAGGCUUUUUAUAUAUAGUAUCAUCGGUAACAUCACUACAUUUAACUCCAAAAAUUUAACUUGCUCUUUUCUUCUAAGAAGAUAAAUGCUUUUUAUUUGAAGGCAUUGUUUGAAUUAACUCUGUAAAGUGGACCAAGAGAAGACCACAUUGUGUAAGAAAAUUUUCCUUCAGACAUAGUUGAGUAUCUAUGUUGCACACUGUGUUAGAGAUUAUGAAAGCAGUUCUAGUUCACUUUAUAACCCAAAGCCUAGUAUUCUUUCAAAGGAAGUAAGCAGUAAAAUUCACAAAAUACAGUGAGCUAAAAUAUCAAAGGGAAAGCUCCAUUUCUUCUUUAUUCUCAUAUCAUUCUUCCUGUGUUAAUCUUUGUUUUGAUGGUGCUAAGUUUUAUCUGAUUUACCCUAUGUUGGCUUUGGAUAGAGUUUAAAGUGUACUCUCUGGGGUCAUUCUAUGUAACAAUUAGAUAAAACUCUUUUGCAUCUCUAUUCCUCUUCAAUGUUAAUCAGAUUCGGCUUAGGUCACGGAUUUUCAGUAUGAGUGCCAGCUAUGCUGGUAUCAGGUACGUGUUUGAGUGUAGACAGCUUAAGACAGGAGAGCUGGUGUAAUUUGGGGGAUAGAGUGUUGUUGGUAGUAUUGGAAAAGAAUUCCUGGAGGUUGUGAAAUACAGUUUCAAGUCAUCUUCCCAUAUUAUAUUUGAGUUCAUAAGUAUAAUUUUUUAAAUAAAUUAGUCAUUAAUUCUUCCUGGAAUUUAAGAGGGAGCUGUCCCUUUUGUUAAUGAUGCUUCAUUUGCAACUUUGAUGGCUUAUAAUAGGAAGCAUUCUAGUUGUAAAGAAACUCCUUUUUAGAGACUUUUACUGAUCAGGGUGCUGAUCAUGUUGGGUGUGAAUUUUGAUUGAUGCUGAAGAAAGCCUACAGAUUGCCAAAAUGUAAAUGCUCCAAAACCUUCCUUUUGCUUUCAUAAAAUGAGAUCACAAUAAUUAUUUGCCAACCAACUAUAUAGACGUUACUCAUUCUAGAACUAAUGGUGAGGGUAAAGAAGUAGCCAAUGUCAUGCCAAUGAAAAAUUUUAAAGAGAGAAAUUCAUGAUCUUCUAGAUGUAUGUGAACACCUGUCUUAUAUCUGUAUGUAUAUAUGUUUUUACCUGCAAUGGUUGCAGUAUUGAUUAUGUGUUCAAGAUCAUUCCUGUCUAAAGAAUAGAAAGCCCAUGUUCAAAAUUGUUCUUUAUUGGCCGGUUAUAUGGUCAUAUGGUAACAAUUUGCUUACCUAGCCUAGAAAGAUUCCCUUGGUGGAUGUUUUUUUAUUUAUAUUCACUAAUCCUUUAAAAAAAAAAAAAGCUUUCAUAACAUUUAUAAUCAGGUGAAGAAAGUACAGUAGAGUGAAAAUAUUAUUUUAGCCUAUAUUAUCUCUGUCAAAGAAAAAAAGAUCUUAAAUAGUAACCCUAAAAGUAGAUUUACUACAGUAAAAUAAAGCUUUUUAUUCCAGAUAAUGGAGGGAAGGUACAAAGAGAUUGUAAUUGUUUGAGGGAAAAGAUGCUAUAAAAUGAUCUUUCCUUCAAUUAGCCUGCCACAGGAUUUAUAGGCAACAGUUACAUUGGAGUUCCUGAAGGUACUGGGCCAGAACUCUAGGCUCUUAUUUACGGCAGGUUUUAAUGUCGAUGAGUGCUUUCUUUCUGUUUGAUUUGUUUCUUUGAGAUAAUGGAGGGCUCAACUAGAAAUAGCUACUGAUUACAGAUUUUUUUUUUAAUAGCAAUUCACACUCCAUGGUACCUUUUUUAUUUCACAAUAUCUUUUCACAAAGUAUUAAAAAAAUAUGCUUGAUAAUCCCAUUUUGGGAAUGCAAGUUUGCUACCAUUUUAGCCUGACAAUAUUUGUGUAAGUAUUGCCUUAUUGGAAAUUCUGGAAACUUAAAGAUAUUUCAACCUGAAACGUAGGAUGUUUAUAUGACAUUUAAAGGUAAUUGUGAUGUUUGUUACUCUCCACUUUGCACUUUGUCAGAGUAAUUUUCACCCUGUUUUAAGUGUAAGUCUCACAUUUUAAAAUUAUGUCCUUGCCAGUAGAUUUAUAAAUUAUAUACAAAGAUACCUGUUAACAGUUAACUCUAUGAGGUAACUAUAUCGCUCUAUUUCUCUGGACUCACUUUUUAAAAUAUGCAGAAUACUGUGUGCUAUUUAACACAGUAGAAGUUUAUGAAAGAAGCAUAGAGCUUUCUUCCUUGAAAAGUGAACAUUUUUUGGGAUACCUCUUGCCUCACAGAGAUUCCAUUUCCCCACUCUUCUGAUACCAUUUCCCAUUUCUCCAGAUACCAUUUCCCCACUCUCCUGACCCGCAUUGCCAGAUAUUAAAUGAAAGGUUUAAUAGGAAAAAAAAAAAAAGACCUAAAGAAAGGAGCUUAGAUUUCAUCUGUCUGAAAAAACCCUCAAGCAGGCUGCACCAUACAGUUCUCUUACUUAUUGGAUAAGUAUUAAGGUAGCUUUUUGGGUUUAUUCUUUUGCUUACAUUUUCCAAAUUAUUGUAUAUACAAGAUGAGUGUUAAUACUGCGUGAUAUGCAUUUAUCUUGUUCCUCAAAUUUUCUAGUAGAAUACAAGAUUAACAAAAUAAUGCCUAUGAUAUCCUCCUCUCUCUCUCUUAUACACUAUGAUCUUAGUUUUUCAUAAUUUUAACUUUAUCAUUGACCAGUCAUAGGCUUGUUUUAUUCUAAUUUCCAGAAAAACCGUGUUCCGGGAUUAGAUUAUUGCAAAUAACUAUCUAAAAGCAACAUAUGAUUCUGCUGGCCUUACUAUUUACUGGGCAAAUGAUGCCCCCCUCCCCUUUCUUAAAAUUUUGGGACAAGGAAAAAAAAGCAUUAGAAAAAUUCUUAUAAAGUGUUUUUUGUUAGUGCGGCACAUUUAUGUAAUUGCUAAGCUUAUUCCCCUUGAGCCAGCCAGUUGGGAGGAAUAGGAUGAUAUACAUGUUUUGUCUUCUGAUCUUCAAAUAGUUUUAUCAUGCUAAAUAAGUUUUUUGAUUUUUUAAAUUUGUAGAGGCAGUUAAAUACCCAUCAUUUAUAUUUAAUUGCUGUCUUUUAAAAACAAUUUUGUUUGUAAAUAAGGUAACUGGGCAAUCAAACACCUUUUGGGGAUUCUGGCUUUAGUAUUUUAUCAGCCAUUUCAAAAUCAAAUAUAAAAAUAAAUCCUUUGUAGGAAACUUGCAUCCUGACUUCUUUAUUGCAAUUGAAAGUGUAAAUAAUAAGAUAAUGUAAGACCUUCCUAAUGUCUAAUAUAAACUGGGCUAUAGCAAGUUGCCCUGUUUUUAUUAGGUUUUGAAGGUUUUUGUGUGUGUGUGUGUGUGUUUUUUUUUUUUUUAAAUGUACAGUAGAGUGGUGUCUGUAUAAGUGUUUAACUGUAGUGGGAUUUUGUCCAGCAAGCCUGAAAUUUAUACUUUGAAAUAAAUUACUGGGUUUUUAACAUUCUGAGUACUCUGAUUCAUUCUGGUUCUUCUCAGCCCUUGUGUUUUUUCUUUUAGAAGUUUCCUACCUUGUUGACAAUGACUGUUAUACUGCUGAAUAUGGUUAAUUUAACUUAACAUGACAGUACCGGGGCACUCAAACCACAUACUGUCCUCCAGCUUUGAAAGGAAAGUUGUUACGCAGAGUUGCUCCCAGCUUAGUCCUGCUGCAUUUAACUAAAGGGAGAACACAUUAAAGUUUGUUUUGUUGUGUGUCUGUCCUGUACUACAAAAAGACCCAACCGCUGCUUGUUAAUGACCAGCAAAAAAAAAAAACACUAACUGCAUUCCUAUUGGAGGUUCUACCAUCCCCCGGGGCUUUGCAAUGAAGUAAGUUCAGUGGGGAAGGGGAAGGAGUCAGGCUGGAUGAAGCACUCAACUCUCCACUCGCAAGAGCCCUGUCACAUGGCACAGCUGCAUCGGGGAACCUGGAAGGGGUCGUCUGUGUGGCCAGACAUAAAAGGAGAGUGUGGGUCUUGGUGAGCGAGGGAGCAAUUUCUAUCAUACUUUCUUGUAUACAUGCUUGUACACUGAAACCUGAUAUUUAUCAUGCAUAAUGUUUCUUCUCCAGUGUGUCACCCUGCAGUAAAUGCCUGUUUUAAAAAUGACAAAAGCAGCAAUGGAAAAAUGAAACUGAUAGACUGAAUUUAAUAUAUUUUAUUAAGACUAAUUCUGAAUGGAAAUCAUAGCUAAAAGAGUGCCUUUGGUAUCUUAUUUGCAGCCUUCUAUUCCCUCAUCUCCCUCCUUCGUUCUGUGUCAAGUUACAAAGUUGGUUUCAUGGUAAUAAAAUCGAAGUUGUAGGCCUCUGG